GUGAAUAUCGUUUUCAUUUCAUUCGUUAUCUCAUCAAAAACGCCAGAUUCCCUUGCCCAAAUACCCAUGUCGCUAAUAUCACACUACUAAACUUACACAUCAAGGCCGUCGACAACAAUACCCUUGGUCCAGAUCAACUGCAUAAACUGGGCGACCUGGUUGGCCGACUCCUCAGUCACCAUAACGCUGACCAGAUACAAAGUUGCAUCCAGGCCAGCGGCCACUCCCCCACUCGUAAUGACUCGGAGACCACCUAGGCGCAUGGAUGCGCGCCGAGCAAUGGACUCUCUGCGUGUGGCGCCCUUGAACGAAAUGGAUCCCUUUCUGCAAUGAUGAGUCAGUAUGUGCUACUCGUCAGACAGUGAUGUCAGUGGAACAUACCGGGCAUUCGAGGGGCGUCUGCCAGCAUCCGACUUUCGACGGAUGUAGGGGUUCUCGUCCUCGUCUCCGAGUUCGAACCGAAGGUUGUUCACGACAUAGCGGGCGUCAUCGACAACAUCGGUGCGCUCGCCCAAGUCGCGGGUGGCAGCUUGGCUGCACAAGAUCUCGAGCUUGGUAAUAUAGUCGGGAUGAGUGGUGGCAGAAAGGCCAGCAAGAAUGCCCUGCUGGGCAAGGAAGAGUGAACCGGUGCAAAUAGACAGGAGUGUCCGCUCGCGGGUGGGAUCGCUCUUCUGAAGCUCCGAGUAGGCAGUGAUGAGACCAAGGGGCUCGCCCUUGCUCUUCAAAACUGCAUCGGUGCCGCCGCCGAUGACGACAAGGACGUCGAAGUCAUUAAGACGCUCCUUAGCGUCCUUCCAGUUGAUCUGGGUUUGGACGGAGACUCCCUGCUCGGAGAUGACUGUAGGACUGCCACCAGCAAUGGUGACCUCAAAGGCCUUGGAAGCUGUAGGUCGGGGUCCGGUUAGCCGGGAAGCUUCCAGCUGUCAAAGGAACCAAAACGCGGGGUAUGAAAGAAGCCGGUGGUGGUGCCAACCUGGCCUCAAAACAGGACACAAUGACUUACCAGGAUCAGAUUGAUCGUGCAAUGCCGUGGUCAAGACCUCGAGGGGACCAGCGAAGUCCAUGAGGUUGAACUUGUCGUGCAGGGCAAAGAGCACAUCAAUUGGCUCGUCUGCCACUGCGGACUCCUUGUGGGCCAUCUUUGGCAACUGUUGGAAUUGGGGUUGGAGGGGUGGUGGGUGAGUGGUGGUUGUAGACCAGUGGUGUGCUUGCUGUAGGUGUAAGUGGUGGUUUGCCUGGGAGUGUACAGACCAAACCGGAGAUGGAGAGACUCAAUUGAUGGAAUAAGUGAUGAAGAAGAUGGGUAGAAAACAGAGGAAUGGGUAAACAAGCAGGGAGAAGUCUGGGUUUUGUGCCUCGAGCUUGCCUGUCGGGACAGUCAUUGGAGGGCCGCAUUGGAUCAGUCACGAGAGAGCUCUCAAAGACAGCCCCGCCAAAGAGGGGCCUGGUUCCUCUCACACCAUGCAUCAGACGAUUUGGCGGCGGGCAGCAGCCCACUAAGUUCCCGUCGAUGCGCCCCACUUUGGCGUUUUAAAAUGCGGGGUUCGAGGGGUUCUGCCGCUGAAAGAACAGGGAAAGCCAGCACUGACCAUGCAAGUCAAGCUGGAGUCGGGUCACGAGGUGGGGCCAAUCACUCUAGCGCAACCGGGGGCAGCGAGCUCUUGGCAGCCUUUUUUCCACGACGAAUCAUCUGAGCAACGCCAUCGACCUCGUACGUCCAGACAUCCGGUUGUAUCACAUAACCCCAUAAUCCCAUAAACCCCGAGCAGCCUCCCGGGGACUACGCUGGACCCCUCAUACGUCCGGCCCUUUCUGGAACGGCGCACUGUCAGGCGGUCAUAAGGUCCCGGUGCCGCGCACGUCACUUCUCUCCUGAGCUUUGCCUCGCUUCCGCUCCCGAGCGGGGCUCUCCAACUUCAUCCAGUCCCCCGAUGCGCCAUUCGUAGUGUCGAUCAGGAUGACUUCAUCUGGAUCUUCAAAGGACCUCGUCAAAGGCCUCACGGCCUAUCUCCAGUCACCCAGUCUGCCGUUGCCCUCAGAAGUCAAUGCUAUCAUCACCAGCUACCUCGAUAAACAUGAGAAGUCUGAAGAGACCUCGGGAGACAAGCUGAAUGAUGAACUGGCCACUAUCUGGGGAAAGACAGUGCGGGAUCAUCCGGAGCGAUAUGCUGCUUUUCUUGUCAUUUUACGAGAGCUGCGUCCAGUCCUUCGAACACCCUCUCGCAUAUUCAAAUGGUGGGACAAGCUUCUGGAUCCAGUUCUCGAGCAUGUAGCCUCAGAAAGAGGACUGGCCCGAGAGGUACUCGAACAUACCCUUGAUUUGCUCUCGACGGACGAGCACGAUGACCCCGAGGCAUGGAGUUCGGGCCAGAUGCUCUCGCUGGUUAGUCGCCUGCUGGCUCGCUGGCUGGAGAUUGUUCAGUCUGAAUCCAGCUUUGGUCCAGCAGCCGAACUCAAAGAGAGGAUGAUCAAGGAUGCUCUGGUGGCUUUUGGCAAGCGAGACCCCAAGGGCUUCAUGACAGUCUUGAACGACUUCGUGCUCAGAAAAGACGAUCGCAAUGCGACGCUGAGUCUCUUCAUACAUUUCGUCUCGUGCGGGCCACCACAUCUGCAUCAAAUUCUACAAACACCUCUCUUCCAGAGUAUCCUGCAAUCGCUACAGCGCGAUGAGUCUACCAACACUGUUACGAUUGCUCUUCUUUCGCUCAACAUGAUCAUGCCGUUUAUACCCAGCGCUCUUGUCCAGUAUCUCCCAACACUCUUCAACAUCUACGCAAGGCUUCUGUUCUGGGACAGAGACUCGCUGUUUACACAACAGAAUACCGAGAUGGGCGAGGGAAAAGACGGCCCAUGGGCCACGAUACCGUGGGAGAAGGUUCUAAUGGACCCAGAUUUUGACGGAAGCACCAUACAUUACCUCAAGAACUAUUUCAGCCUGCUCUAUGGCUUGUACCCGAUCAAUUUCCUAGACUACAUCAGGAAGCCUCAAAGGUAUCUCCGACAUGCCAACAAUCUUGAGGAUAUCGAUGUUCAGGCGAUGGAAAUCCGAGACAGGUCAGAGCGGUUCAGAAAGAUGCAUCUUUUGCAUCCCAACUUUUACAAUCUCACCAUCGAAUCAGAAAAGACGGAUUUGAGUCGCUGGAUCAGGAGCGAAGCCGACGAAGUCCUAGCUGACUGUACGGCGUUGCAAAUUGAGCCAGGUCCGUCGCCCGUCAAUAUCCAAACUGAUACAUCACUCCCAGGAGUGCCGGCCUCCGUGCUCAGCGAGGGCCAGGAACUAGACAGUCGGGAGUUUGCCCUCUUGAGUAGCCCGGUUGUCGACUCUUUAUCCCAGUCAAUGGCACUUCCGUCGCUGGCGCUUGAUCGACCUGCCUCGCAAUUAAGUCAUUCGACACCUUCUGGAUACAAUACACCAGAACCUAGAAGUCGAGGCGGUGGUGAUAGCCCGACAUUGCCACCGCAACUUGCUCCGUCGGCGUCCCACAGUCUUCUUCAGGAUUUGAUACAUUCUAACAAGGUCAUCAAAUCAGGCCUCCACCAGUCUCUCAACAGCGACAGCGUGCCAUCUUUGAUACUGAGCCCGCAGGAACAAGCGGGAGAAAAAAUUCCGUUCCUGCCCUCAACCGCGCACACAUCGCCGCAGGGGGGACAAACCAGCGGGGACUUGGCUGAGCAAGCUGCUAUGCUGCAUCAUGAGCGUCUACUUCUGCUCAAUGACCUUCAGUAUGAGAGGUUCAUCAAGCAGCAGCACAUGAUGCACAUGGGAGAGCUGCGCCGAAAACACGUCAGGGAGGCAGCGACAGAGGCCGAAACUCAGAACCUCGUAAUGGCUAAUCGUAGUUUGAAACAGCGUUUGGACGAGGCGAAGAGGAGCGAAGCCCAGAACAAAAAGGAGUUCGACAACCGUCGCAAUAUGUCCAAGAAGUGGGAAGACUCUCUGUCUAAUAAGCUCAAGGUUCUCCGCGAGGAACAGAAGAAGUGGGUUUUGGAGGAGGCCGAACUCAGACAGCAGCUGGAAAAGGCGCGGGGCGAAAUUGCAAGUCUGCGGCGGAUUGUGGAUGAGGCGGAAAAGAAGAGGUUGGAGUCGGAGCAGAACCUAGAGGCCGUUGAUACCAGCACAGCCAUGAUUGAGAAGCUCAAGGCGGAAAUUUCUCGUCUUUCCGCUACGGAGCACCUGUUCCACGGCAAAGAGGUCAAGAUGCAGCUAGCCGUGCAGGAAGCAGCCGCUGCUGAGGCCAAAGCUGAGCAGCUAUCCAAAGAACUUGCGGCGCGGGAAGAGCAGUUGGAGAAGCAAAGACGUCAUUAUCAGACCGAAAUCGAUGGCCUGAAGUCUGAACUGGGUAAAGCACUCCAAAUCAAGCAACAGACAUCGUCCAAAGAAAUUGUGGCGGCGUACGAAGGUGCUCUGGCAGCGGCACGAGCGAAGAACACUGAUCUCCAAAAACAGUAUGGGGCACUCACGAGAAAAUACACAGUACUUAAGGCGUCACUGCUGAACAUGCAGUGCGAGCAGACGGAACGGAGCGGGAGACCAAGCGCGACGCCGACGUCGGCGGUGGCUGAUGGUAGUCUCGACCAAGGUUCUGGGAGUCCUGCCAUGGGUCGGCUUCGGUCUCCUCGUGCACUCGCAGAUUCAGAUGGAUUUGAAGGGUCGCAUAACGCCACGCCACCGUUAGAGCCGCUUUCGAGCUCCCUUGGUUCAGUACUUCCCCCUAAUCGCCCAUCGACGCCACCCGGACGACACGAGACGUCAGGAUCGGGCAAGACGAGCCCGCAAACAGAGCGGUACUUCGGGAGAGGUGGCGUCCAAAAUACGAAGAAGGACAAAAAGGAGAAGAAGGAAGAGAAGCCGGAAAAGAAGGAGAAGAAGAUGGGCACUAUUAGAGGUAUCCGCGGCUUUGUGUAA